GGCAAACUUAGUUAAACAUUGGAUUAAAGGUUGACCGCAAGGUUAAAGGCGUAGCUCAUCUGUUCUUUCUUUUAUUCUUCUUCUGUUCAAGGCGGAGAUUGGAUUUGUUGGAACACACACGAGAAAAGGGCGGGGGAAUCGUCGAACUCCAAUCGCGAAACCCCGAAAAGUGAAAGGGCUUCCAUCAGAUCCCAUCCAUUUUGCUGCCAAAAUCAUCUAACUUCCUUCGAAAUCAGAAAAGAAUGUCUUCCACGUUCAGCGGCGAUGAAACGGCGCCAUUCUUCGGCUUCCUUGGCGCUGCAGCUGCCUUGGUCUUCUCCUGUAUGGGGGCUGCAUACGGGACGGCUAAGAGCGGGGUGGGAGUGGCGUCGAUGGGAGUGAUGAGGCCGGAGCUAGUGAUGAAGUCGAUUGUGCCGGUCGUCAUGGCUGGUGUGUUGGGGAUCUAUGGAUUGAUUAUUGCCGUGAUCAUCAGUACAGGGAUCAACCCCAAAGCCAAAUCUUAUUACCUUUUUGACGGCUACGCGCAUCUGUCUUCUGGUCUCGCUUGCGGCCUCGCUGGCUUAUCUGCCGGUAUGGCUAUUGGAAUCGUCGGUGAUGCUGGUGUUAGAGCCAAUGCUCAGCAGCCAAAACUUUUUGUUGGGAUGAUCCUCAUCCUCAUCUUUGCUGAAGCUCUCGCUCUCUAUGGCCUCAUUGUCGGCAUUAUCCUCUCUUCUCGAGCUGGCCAGUCCAGAGCAGAUUAAGCGGGGCAUUCUGGUGGUUUGUUGGUUCUUGUUAAGAAUCAUUUUGUUGUUCUGUGGUUAGAAAUCGUAAUUUAGGUGAGGGAACGCCUUCUCAAUUAAAUUGAUGGUUUCUAUCUAGGAUAUAGAUUAGCUCUCAGUUCUCUCUUUAUAUAGUGCUGUCUCGUCUUUUGCUGGAUGUUGGGUCUCACAAAUAUCAGUUUGAAUUUGUUCAGAAUCAUUUACAGAUACCUUGAUAAAAGUAAUUUUUUUGUUC